CUCGCCGCUGCCAUGUGCACACAACCUCCGCCUCCUACUACGCACUGACACGGUGAGCAAUCUCGCACAGGCAAGAACGCCAUGCGCGCGCUCCGGCCGCCACCGCCGCCGGGCGGUUCCCCGGCACCUGCACCAUCUCCGUCCCCGACGCCGUCCCCGUCAGCGGCAUUCCAGGGUGGUCUCAUCAGCUCGCCGCCUUCUCCGUCUGCGAUGGGCUCACCCGGACCGGCACCUGUGCCUGCGCCGGCGCCGGAGCCCAAUGCGGUGCUGGCGUUGGCGGGCGCGCGGCGAGGCGGGGGAGGCGGCAUGAGCCCGCCGCUCAUCGCGAUGCUGGCGGUGGUCGGGGCCGCGCUGCUGGUGGUGCUGUACGCGCGGCUGGCCAGGCGCGUGGUCCGGACCGUCCGGCGGCGGUGGCGCGGCUGGCGACGGCGGCGGCGGCUGCUGCUCAUCACGCUGACGGGCGGCAGCGGCUCCUCCCCGGCGAACGACUCCUUCGCGUCCUUCACCACCUACGACAACUUCUACCACACCUUCUCGCCCUACGGCCUGGACGACGCGGCCAUCAAGUCGCUGCCCUCGGCGCAGUUCCUCUCGGCGGCGCGCGCGAGCGCCGGCGCCGGCGCCCGCGACUGCGCCGUGUGCCUGCUGGAGUUCGCGGACGGCGACGAGCUGCGCGCGCUGCCGCUGUGCGCGCACGCCUUCCACGCCGACUGCAUCGACGUCUGGCUCCGCGCGCACGCGUCCUGCCCGCUCUGCCGCGCCGCCGUCGCGCUCCCGGCCCCCGUCGCCUCGUCCCCGCUCCGCUCCGCGCGCCGCGUGCGCCCCAGCCUCGACGACCUCCUCUUCUUCCACCCCGUCCCGCCGCCGCCGCCACCUGCCCCCGACGCGCUGCCGGAGAUCACGCCCGCCAGCCCCGAUCGGCAGCUCAACCCGAGGGACUUCCUCCUCAAGCGCUCCUACUCCUUCGGCUUCGAGCGGCACAUCGCCACGGAGGCCGCGUCCACGGCUUCCCCUGCCUGGCGCUACCGCUUGGGUGCCGGCGGCGGCGGGGACGGCGCCAGCGGCCGGGGACGAAGCUUCUGGAGCAAGCGCUGGCCAUCCCCAUUCGGCGGCGCGGCCGCGGCCCGUGUCUUCUCGUUCCGCUCCGCGGCCGCCGCAAAGUCCUCCCCCUUCGCCCGCCGCCGCGCCGCCGCCCCCGCAGGAGGUUCCGGAUUCUUCAUGUCGCUCGGCCUCUCCUCCGAGCCCCCGAACAUCCUCGUCGCGGGGAGACGGAGCAACCGCGCGUCCAGCCGGCUCCGGUGCGGGGACCCCGAGGCGCUGCUCUCGCCGGACCGCCUCAGCCGCUGACCCAAACCUCUCGCCGGCGGCCGGGUGACGCGCGUGACCGGGCCUCGCCCGCCCGCCCGCGCGCUCAUCGUGGUGGGCCUGCGCGCGAGCGUGGACAGAGAGGGAGGCAGCCGCAGUAAUGGCGCGUUUAAUGCGCGGCCUGCCGAGGUUUUAAUGGCGGGAGGACGAGGAGUGUCCUUUUCUGCGCAGGCGUCCAUGAGUUUCAAAUUUGCCAGCUGUAGAGUUUUGACCAAAUUUGCUCGCUCGUGUACCGCGCGCGCGGUUGCGGUAAAACCCGAGCCGACUUGGGCCUGUCUCAGCCGUCCGAUCAGAAAACGAACGGCUCUCGGUGAACAUGGUGAUGGGCCGGAGCAUUCGUUUUCUCGCCGGACAGCUCACUGGAGGGCAGUUGUAGUGAAGCCAUUGUUAUAGGCCGAUAUGAGUUUUCUGCUCGUGAUGGUUCGUUUAUAGUCUGUUUUGAGUUACAACUUGAUAUGAGAAUCUGUUUUUGUACUAUAUAUGUUCACAAAUAGUUGUUGAUUGAA